GAGCUGGGGACAGCUAAUUACACAGAGCAGCUGCUGGCUUGGGGCACCCGGCCUCUUUCGCAGCACUACUGUGCUUGCUGGGCUCCAAGUUGACGCGACUUUUCCAAGUGUAUGUGGAAGGCUUGAAGAGAAACUUCAGGGGUCCCGGGACCGGCGGGGCUGCGAAGCUUCCCUUACCCCGCGCCCUUGCCUUGCAGAGCUCGGCCUGGCCAGGGCUGCGCUUUGGCGCGAGGUGGGCGCCGCUCUGGCUCCGCGGGGACGAGAGUUGGGGAAGCUGUCCUGCCCGCUGGAGAGACUUGGGGGAGCCAGGGCCACGGGGCAGAGGGGCGUCGGCGGGGUCUGCGCCGCAAGAGAGGUGCGCGCUACUGGGAGCUCCCGCCGGGAGCGGUCUCCACCUCCUCUGGCGUUCGACCUAUGAGUGUGCGGCUCAAUUUCCAGCUCCGUGGCCGGGGAGGUGAGUGCGCGUGAGCGCCGGGGCGCGGGACCUCGAACUCCUUCGCGGGACCCAGCCGAGCGCGCCGCCCGCCCCAACAGGAUGCCCGCGGCCAUGCUGCCCUACGCCUUCGUCCUGGUACUGCUGGGAGCAAGCAUCUCCGAGGCCACUGGAGCCACACAGAGCAGCCGCCUGCUCUGGGAGCCCCGCUGCCCACAGCCAGUGUCCGAGAGUAUACCUGUCACUGUGAUCUUGCCCCCGCACCUCAAUGGGCCCUGGAUCUCCACUGGCUGCGAAGUGCGCCCGGGACCAGAGUUCCUUACACGCUCCUACACUUUCUACCCCAACCGCCUCUUCCGCGCCUACCAGUUCUACUACAGGGACCCCUCGUGCCAGGAGCCUACCCACUCGCUGCUCAUCAAGGGCAAAGUGCGCCUGCGCCGGGCCUCCUGGGUCACCCGGGGUGCCACGGAAGCUGACUACCACCUGCACAAAGUGGGCAUUGUCUUCCACAGCCGCCGUGCCCUGCUUGAUGUCACCAAGCGCCUCAACCAGACUUGGGCAGACCAGGACUGCAUGGCGCGGCUGCCGCGCGCCCCAGCCUGGCUGCCUGGAGCACUGUACGAGCUGCCGAGCAGCCGGGCCCAGCGGCACUGCAUGGCGGAGAUGGGCUUCAGCAUGCACGAACUCAGCCUGGUCCGCGUGCAGCGCCACCUGCAGCCACAGCCCGGGGCUGCACCCCAGCUGGUGGAGGAACUCUACCUAGGAGACAUUCACACGGACAGGGCAGAGAGGCAGCACUACAGGCCCACAGGCUACCAGCACCCACUGCAGAGCGCCCUGCACCACGCGCAGCCCUGCCCCGCCUGUGCCCUGGUGGCCCACGCUGACGAGCACCACCCGCCAGUGUUGCCCUGGACCCGGGCCCUGCCGCUGCGCCUGAGCGGCCGCUGGGUGAGCACAGGCUGCGAGGUGCGCCCCGCCGUGCUCUUCCUCACGCGGUUCUUCACCUUCCAUGGCCAUGGCCGCUCCUGGGAGGGCCGCUACCACCACUUCUCCGACCCCGAGUGUCGCCAGCCCACCUUCACCGUGGUCGCAGCCGGCAGCUAUUCCCAGGGCGCGCCCUCUGCCACGGUGCGCGGUGGCACCGAGCUGGAGUUCGAGGUCACGCGCGCCCGCGUGACACCCAUGGACCCAGCCACCGUGGCCCUGCUCAACGCCUCCGAGCCGGGCAGCUGCGGGCGCCCCGGGGCCUGGGCCGUGGGCGUCGAGCGCGACGUCACGGCGACCAACGGGUGUGCAGCGCUGGGCAUCCGGCUGCCGCACGUGGAGUACGAGCUCUUCAAGGUGGAGCGCGACCCCCGCGGGCAAAGCCUGCUCUUCAUCGGACAGCGGCCCUCGGACGGCUCCAGCCCCGACACCCCUGAGAAGCGCCCCACGUCCUACCAGGCCCCCCUGGUGCUGUGUGGGGGACACGCCCAGGACGCCCCCAGGUCUCGACCGCAUAGUGCCCCCAGCAGCGGGGACCUGUGUCCCAGAGCUGUCCCUGUCCCCCUUCUGCUCCUUGCUCCAGGGCUGGUCUUCCUCCUGGGGUUGUGACACCAGUUUUCCAUCCAAGGCAGCGUCCCAGGAAGGAUAGUUGUCCUUUGCCACCCUGUGGGAGCGCUGGCCGGCCUGGCCACCUCUCUUCUCGGCCUGUGUCCCCCAUGGCUACCUGUGAGAACUGGUUGUCCCCAAUGCGGGAUGAAGCACACUGCUAUCUAAGUUUCUAAACCCCCACCCCAAUUUUUCCACUCCUUCUCUUGGGUAGUUGGAGGACAGGCACCAAGCAGGGCCACAAGAGUGUCCCUGCUCAGUGCUCAAGGCGCUCUCUCUUCCUUACCCUUGGGAUUGUGGAGUGGGAAUGGAAGACUCUGAGAAUCAGCUGAGCCUGUGGGUUAUGGCUUAAAGUUUAUUAACUCUGAUUUAGCAACAGAGACUCAAAACAGGGCCAUGAAUUAAAGAUACCGCUUCAAGCUCUCAGUCCUUCUUGGCUUUCUAGUAAAGGGCUUGUGUCUUUGGGGCAACUUGGCUUCUUGAGUUCUGACCGUUGGCAUUUGCAGGCAUCUGCCUGUGCUUCUGCAAGUCAAACCUCAAGCUGUCGACACUGAGUGGGGAUAAACCCAGUCCUCCAGUGCCAGCUUGCAAGAGGAGCCUGGGCCUCUGUGGCUCCCAUGUGCGCCAGGGGAACACCAGGGAGCACCGGGCUGGCUGCUGCGGGCAGGUCCGUGGAGCACAGUGGCGUUCCCAGCCUUUGGAAAGUAAUUAAUACUAAUGACAGCAGCAGCACCAACAUGCUCUGUAAUUAGCCCUGUGCCACCAUCUGAUUUUGCAGAUUGUCUCUGCUGAGCUGACAAAGGAGAAGAAUCUUUGGGGUUCAACUUUCAGGCCACCCUAGACGAGGCCAGGAACCCCUACAGGCCCAGGAAGCUUGGCCCACCCACCUGCAACACUAAUGUCAGUGCCCUUGGUGCUGAGGGAUCUGUCAUGGCAGGAACAGGCUGUGCCCACAUUCCCAGGCCUUGUCCGUACACUGUGAGAGUAACUGGCAUGGUGGCAGGCUGGGGGACUCUGGGGACUGUGAGCUACUGAUUCACCCUCUGUCUCUUCCCCAUCCCUAUCACUGACCCUUGUCCCAGACCUUGAAGAACUUCUGUAAGGCUGACACCUCCAAAGAGAGGCCUUUGUCCUCGCUGAGACUGUGGGGCUGAAAUUGCUCCCACUUAUCACCCAUUCUUUGGGAGAAAAUACCCUCCAAAGGCAGCUCUUAGGGGAGGUUGGGCUCCUUUGAAUACUCCCCUCCCCCCAGGUCUCAGACAGCUACCCAUGUCCCUGGCAUAUUUACCAAAUUACGAGAAAUAACGAAGUUAUUUAUGGUCUUAGGCUAAAGUGGGACCAGGAGCUCCCGGUGAGGAAGACGGUUCGUGUCGAUGUCCACAGCUGAGCAAGUCUCGUAUCUGAGGCUUGAGCAAACUGCGUCACCAUUCAUCAUCAAAUUUGAAUUUUUUAAUAAAAUUAAACAGCCUGAAAAAUGUUCUUGCUGGCUAUUAAAGUCAACCAAGGGGAUCACGGUCCUAAAGAAAGGAAGUGAAGUGGCCGCCAGAGGAUGUGUGAAGGGGAAUAAAACCAGUGGAGGGCAGCUGCUUCUUUUGCUGUGCCUUCUGGCCCGGCCCUACCCUGCCUUCCUAUAGCUCCCCAUGACCUUCCACUGCCCCCAGACAGAAGCCCCAGAUCUGGCUGGCUGUCGCCUACCGGGUACAGUGCAGCUCUUCUUUCCUGGUCCACAUGACCUUUCCAUGAUCUGAGCCUGCGCUGCCUCUGGGCCUUUGCACAGGCUCCCACCCCUGCAAACAUCUCCUGGCUAAGACCUCCAGCUACUUGGUUCUUUCAUUCAACUUCCAAGUCACAUGUCAUCUCCUCCAGGAGGCCUGCCAUCAGCAACUCCCAAAGCAGCUCCCUUUCCCCUUGCCCUUCUACCUACCCUGUUUUAUGUUGUGCUAUAAAAUGGUCUUACUUACUCACAUUUGUUCUCUGCUUCUCCCACCUAGAAGGUCAGCACUUGGGGGAGGUCAGGCUCCUUCAAAGCCAUCUCUCCAGUGGGGUCCACAGCGUCUGGUGCCUGCAGAAAGAGGCUCAGUGAACACUGCUGACCCGAAAGCCACUCGGAAACCUGUGAACGGGCCACCACCUCGGGCCAGAUGUGGCACCCUGAUGCUCAGAAGGGAAAGGUGCCAGCCACAGGCCAGCAGCACGCAGUGACCCAGAAACCCAGACUCCAGGCCCGAGCGGCUAGAACCCAGAGCCAGAGACCCAGGCUUUCUGUCUCACAGCCUCAGCAGCUGGGGGACCGGAUCCUCCUCUGGGUCUGAAGAAAGUGGUUUGGGGCACUCUGUGGGAGCUGGCACAAGCCUUUUCCCACCAGGAGAUGUGCUGAGCAGAUACCCUGUCCGCUGCCGCCGCCACCACCGCCACAUGGCUCCCUUUCUCUGUGGUCACC